AUGAACGGAGUCUUAGACCUGAUACCCACGGUCCCCUUGCGACCAGGGAGAGAUGUCUCGGGGCAACGAUCACUGCCCAGUUCGCUUAAGUCACGCCUGCUUACAGUCACCGCGCUGCCUGUGGCUCUGUUCUCGCUGCUGCUGCUGGUGAUUCUCCCCCUCUGCGCCUCCUCUGCUUUUGCGGAACCUGUUCGGGGCGGGCUGUUGCAGAGGAGUGGACACGUGGCAGCAGCGGAUAGGGAAACAGUGCGUGAGGGAUCGGUGGAAGAGGGUAGAGCAAAAGGAGGGAGACGGGGGCUUCAGCAACAGCCUGGUGGAUCAGUACCAGUAUCAUCGCCAGGGGAGAUGAGCAACAGUGGUGCUGCCAGUGGUGGCACUAGCGCCGGUGCUGCGGGUACCUCUCCUCCUACCAGUAGCAGCAGCGGGAACAACAGUGGUGGCAGCAUUAGUGGCACUGGCAACGCCACUGCUGUUGGUAACGCCACUGGUGCUGGUGCCCCCACUGGGGCUGGUAAUCUCACAGGGGCUGCUGGCAAUGGCACGGAGGGGGGUGCGGUGCGGUACUUCACGGUGGGGCAGGAGGCGUUCGUGUGGGGGUCUCCUCUCGUCACCUUCUUCCGCCAGCAGGCCACCCGUGCUGCCCUCAACGCCUUCUCCUUCGCCAACACCACCGCCGUUGUCGGCACCACCACUGUGGCGCUCCCCAAUGUGGACACGGUGUAUGGAGGAGCCUUCCUCUACCUGAGGGACCAGCCCAUGGUGUUCAAAACCCCCAACAUGGGCCAAGGCCGUUACUACAGCAUCGGAUUCUUCCAGACCUAUGGCCCGGCGUUCAGUGUGAACGGCAGCCGAGCCAACGGGCCAGGCCCCAACACGUUCACUCUAGUCGGGCCCAACUGGGCAGGGGAGCUGCCGGGUGACCUUGCACCCACCGCCAUACGGUCUCCCACCAACGAUGCGCUCCUGCUGAUGCGAGUGGUAGUAUCAGAAAACGUGUCCAACGACAUUGCUACAGUGCUCGACCUUUACAGUCAAGUCUCGCUACAGUCACUCUCAGAGGCGCUAGGCGGGCCUGCAGUUGCGCCCCUCCCCAAUCCGCCCCUCCCCAGCUCCAACCUCUCCGAGGCCCUCCAGCGCAUGACUCUCAUUGGCGAUUGGCUUCAGCGGGAUCCGCCCUUGAAUAACAGCGCCAACAACCGUGUCGUGCGCAUGCUCGCGUCCAUCAACGUCACCCAGCAGUACGGCUUCGACCCCUACAGCGUGACACAGCAGCAGGCAGCGGCGUUGGAGGCAGCAAUGCAGACAACGGACACGCUCAUCACGGCAGCCAACGUUGUCAUUCAGAUCAACGACUCGCUCAUUCAAUCCGAAAACUUCUGGGCAGCGUCUACCACGCUCCUGGGCCACGACUUUGAAACAGAGUUCCUCUACCGAGCCACCCUUACUGCCCCGGGCGGCAUCGGCGGACUGCCGCCCACAGAAGUGGUUUACUUCCUCACCUUCCUCGCAGUGGUCACCCCAUCUGUGGCAGCCGUACAACCUGCUGCUACAAAUGCAUCCAACACCACCACUCCUCCCACCAUGCCACCUACCUCUUUUGAAUCUGCCAACGCUACAGCCUCUCCUGUCAGUUCCACAGCCGGCAACAGCAGCACAAUGAGCAACAUCCGCGCUGAAAACACCACCACCACAGCCAGCAGCGACACCACAGCUAACAGCAACACCACUGGAACCCAGCCUUCUCCCCGGCUUCCUAGUAUCCCCUCCCCACCUGCAAACAACACAAUUUCCUUGCAGCCUCAGCCUUCCUCCAUCUUCCCCUCCUCCAUCCCCCUCUCCUCCAUGCCCUCCCCACGUCGCCCCUUCACGCGUCUCCAAGGCUCCCGCUGCUACCGCCUGCGCCUCACCCCUCCCCCCGUCGACUCCUUCUGGUCUGUCACCAUCUAUAACGCGUCCAACCUCAACCUUUUGGAAGGAGUCAAUAAGUUCGGUGUGGGUGACCGUACCCCGGGAUUGAUUUACAACCCAGACGGCACUCUCACCAUCUACAUUCAAUCCACUCCGCCCGGCCAAUCGCUUGAAGCCAACUGGAUUCCUACUGUUAACUCG